UUCAAUUGCUGUCAGAUAGGUAUUAGGGGUUAGAGCUGCAUACAUAGAUACAUAGAAUCAAGUGCGUAGUGUCAUUCAAGGUUAUUUAUAAUUUCAUCGCAAUACUCUCGAUUAGACGAUUCGCAAAAAUAUGUAACACAACCCGAAGACAGUCUGACAGUCAAAAUGUUGAGAUCAGUGCGUAUUUUAUACUUGGGAAAUCCCGGGGCUCUCAAUCUCCACACAAGCUGUGCGAAAUGCAAGGAGAGCACCAAAAACGAGUUCACUGUCAAAUUGGCAACCGGGCCGACGCUCCACGACUUUGUUUCAGAUACUACGAGUAAUUAUGAAGGAAAGCUGAAACUGGAAAAAGGGGAAAAAAACCGACUCCGACUACCACCAUGGUUGAAAACCGAAAUACCUAUGGGGGCUAAUUACAGCAAGCUAAAAUCUCAACUUCGUCAAUUAAACCUGAGCACUGUAUGCGAAGAGGCACGUUGUCCCAAUAUCGGAGAAUGCUGGGGUGGUGGCGAACAUGGAACUGCAACAGCCACUAUCAUGCUCAUGGGAGACACAUGUACUCGCGGAUGUCGCUUUUGUUCGGUUAAAACUGCACGGACUCCACAACCCCCUAAUCCUGACGAACCAGUCAACACGGCAGUAGCAAUCGCAGACUGGGGUUUAGACUACGUUGUCUUAACAUCAGUUGACCGUGAUGAUUUACCAGAUGGGGGAGCAAAUCACAUAGCAGCUACGGUUGUAGAAAUUAAAAAGCGGAGACAAGAUAUGUUGGUCGAAUGUUUAGUACCAGACUUCAGAGGUAAUCAGGAAUGCGUAGCAAAAAUAGUUGAAUCGAAACUUGAUGUUUUUGCCCACAAUAUUGAGACUGUGGAACGUCUAACACCUUUUGUUCGUGACAGGCGUGCACACUAUAGACAGUCGCUGAGCGUUUUAGAAGGUGCGAAGAAUAAGAAUACAAAUUUGAUAACCAAGUCAUCGAUAAUGUUAGGAUUGGGGGAAACUGAACAAGAAAUUGAACAAGCCAUGCAAGAUAUGCGAACAGCUGGAGUGGAUGCUUUAACUCUGGGACAAUACAUGCAGCCAACAAAACGACACUUAAAAGUCAUCGAAUAUAUAACACCAGAGCAAUUUAAAGCAUGGGAGAGUGUAGGAAAUGAUUUAGGCUUUCUGUACACAGCAAGUGGCCCAUUAGUGAGGUCUUCUUAUAAAGCUGGUGAAUUUUUCUUGACAAACAUAUUGAAGUCACGUCAAGCUGAAUCUAUUACACAAGAUUCAGCUACCUAACUAAUUAUAUCCUGAAUUUUAUAGCUGGUGCAAUGAUUACAUAGUAAUGUAUAUAGAAGGAAGUUAUUUAUACAAGUUGAAAGCCAUUAAUAAUCAUUGUAAAUUAAAUUUAUUCCACAAGGGUGACACGCAACAUUUUCUAACUUCUACUUUUAAUAAUCAUAGCAAUAAUUAUUUCCGAACCUGCCAUACUCUUUCGGUUACGUUCCCACAAGCGAAUAGGUAGCUUGAGCAGGGUACGGGAGGAAUGGAUUAGUAACCACCAUGUAUUGCAUAGCCGAAUCUUUUUUAGUCAGUUCUUAAUAAUUAUUCACGCGAGGAAUUACACAUUUCUAUUUUUACUGAUAAUCUUAUAAUCACAUACCAUGAAAAGUUGAAUUAUCUUGAUUAAUUAAAGUGCACAAACUCUGGAAAUAUACCAUUUUAUUUCCUAAUUAUGUUAUUACAAAAGCUUAUUCAAAUAAAUGUUGCUAUAUUUUCAAUACAAUUUUCAGUUUACCAACAAGACUGAUAUCAAGUUAUCAUAAAGAUGAAAAUCCUUGCUGCCAACGGAGAAAACGACUUUAUUCCGGUGUGAUUAAUAACAUUUUUUUAUUGCAACUGAAAAAAGAAAGCAUUUACAUAGCAACGUAAUUCACUCUGUGUCCAUCGCAACAGCCGGCUGGGGAUCUUGUGGCCCUUGGUCGGCAGGUGGAGGCUGAGGUGGUUGACUAUCCUGUUCUGCAGCACCACCAGGACCUCUAGACCGUUUCUCAUCCCCUUCAAUUUCUGACAAAUAAAUUGCUGUAGCAGAUUCGUCAAGAAUUGUAAACGGCACAUCCUUUCCCACGAUUCCAAUCGAUACAUUCUGAAAAUUGUCAUAUAUUACAGUCAAUACAUUUGGAAUACGGCGCAAUUCUAAUGUAAUGGUAAAAGUACCUUGACUGUGAGAUCUACUUCAUUGGGUAACGUGUCGCGCAAAGCUCUAAGUCCAUGUUUGACAAUCUCGUCAAGAUCGCAACUUGGGAAUUCGUUCAGAUGUUUCUCAAGAUAUGUACGAGCACUCUGAGAACGUGACCCCAGUGCCAUAGCUUUGCAAUUGAAAUAGUUGGCCGAUG